AUGUCCAAGCCCCAAGCCAACGGUGUAGACCACGAACCGCACGAGCUUCCAGCCCUCCAAGCAGACGCUGGCGCAAAUGGUUACUACGAGCUGGAAGAAGCAGACAAUCCGCGGUCGUUCGAUCUUCUCAAACCCACCGAGAACUUCACCAAGGAGUACUCUCUAGAGAGAUCAUCUCAAUCGCUCUUCUCUAAAGAUCAUUUGCAAGUGAUCUUUGCCGAUCCCACCUUUCUUCUUCGAUUUACCACUUUCCUGGGUGUGCACAGACCGCAGUCUGUCCCGCUACUUGUCCACUAUCUCGAUUCUCUCAAGUCCAUACGAGCGAUCCACUAUGCAAAUGCCAUCUGCGAAGGUCUGGACCCAGUGGAUGGACUCGGCUUUACUCAGCAACCUUUGAACAAGACCAUCAACCCUGCUCUGGAAGCAAGAGCAAAUGCCGCGUUCGAUCUCUUAGCCAGAGAAGAGUUGCCGGCUUUCAUAUGCCAUCAAUACAUUCAGGUGGUCAGCGCAAGCAUAUCCGCAAGAAUAACUGGAUCGCUGUCGGCACAACUACGAGAAGCCUCCGAGGGUUUAGCUGAGGUCUUCUGUUUGACCGACCCGUCACGGCCAGACAAUCCGAUUGUCUUCGCUUCAGAAGAGUUCAAUCGCACAACGCAAUAUGGCAUGGGCUAUAUACUUGGACGAAACUGUCGUUUCCUGCAGGGACCCGUUACAAAUCCACACAGCGUCCGGCGGCUGAGAGAGGCGAUUAGCUCAGGGAAACAGUGCCAAGAGGUUUUUCUCAAUUAUCGACGAGACGGCUCCCCUUUUAUGAAUCUUCUCAUGGUUGCGCCUCUCUGCGAUAGUCGGGGUGUCGUCAGGUACCAUAUCGGCGCGCAAGUUGACGUAUCAGGACUUGUCAAGGAGUGCGUGGAGCUGGAGUCUUUUCAACGACUGCUUGAACUUCAAGCCAGAGGGGAGAAGCCACCAGAGCACCAGACUCCCAAUCCUGAGAAGAACGACGAACUACGGGAGCUGAGCGAAAUGCUGAAUCAGAACGAACUCUCGACUAUUCGCAAAUAUGGUGGACGAAUGCAUCGAGAAGUGAGAGACGAUGACGACGAGAGCGUGCAUUCACACCAACCUCGCCUGCUGAUCAAAGACCCCAACACAUUGACACCGCCAAUUAGCGGGUCAGCCAACGGCAGAUUGAGCGGAGUCUACCAACAUUACCUGCUCGUGCGACCCUACCCAUCCUUGCGAAUAUUGUUCGCCAGUCCGUCCCAACGUGUCCCUGGAGUCCUUCAGUCUCCUUUUAUGAGCAAGAUCGGAGGCUCUAAUCGAGUACGCGAUGAACUCACAGGAGCGCUAGCCGAAGGCCGCGGAGUCACUGCUAAGGUCAGGUGGAUCACGAAGCUGGACGAGGAGGGACGAAACAAAUGGAUCCACUGCACCCCUCUCGUAGGUUCGAAUGGGAACAUCGGAGUAUGGAUGGUCGUGGUUGUGGACGACCCGAAAUCGAGCUCAAAGUUCUCAGUCAGUUCGAGGAAUGCGCCAGCAGUGCCGAGUGAGGGCCCUAAAAGCACAACAUCAAGUCGUGCACACGAUUCGCCACGAGUGAAUGGAACUUCAAAUGGCUACAGUGAUGCAGACCGGGUAACAUUGGGUGGCGGUUCAGUGACUUCUUUACGGAUCUAG